AUGUUUGCCUGCGCAGACUGCCCCCGCCGCAACAGCAAGGCAGCCAUGGAUGAGGGUUUGAACACACAGCCUAUGGCUGUGGCAGCCUUUGUUGGUGAGGAAGUUGCCACCAAUGCAUGUGGCAGGAAGACGCAGUGCUUGCACCCAGACAAGCCGGCAAUGUUUGCCUGCGCGGACUGCCCCCGCCGCAACAGCAAGGCAGCCAUGGAUGAGGGUUUGAACACACAGCCUAUGGCUGUGGCAAGCCUUUGUUGGAAGACGCAGUGCUUGCACCCAGACAAGCCGGCAAUGUUUGCCUGCGCAGACUGCCCCCGCCGCAACAGCAAGGCAGCCAUGGAUGAGGGUUUGGACACACAGACUAUGGCUGUGGCAGCCUUUGUUGGUGAGGAAGUUGCCACCAAUGCAUGUGGCAGGAAGACGCAGUGCUUGCACCCAGACAAGCCGGCAAUGUUUGCCUGCGCGGACUGCCCCCGCCGCAACAGCAAGGCAGCCAUGGAUGAGGGUUUGGACAACACAGACUAUGGCUCCGCACAGCAAGGCAGCGAUGGAUGGUUUGGCACCACCUUGGCUGUGGCAGCCUUUGUUGGUGAGGAAGUUGCCACCAAUGCAUGUGGCAGGAAGACGCAGUGCUUGCACCCAGACAAGCCGGCAAUGUUUGCCUGUGCGGACUGCCCCCGCCGCAACAGCAAGGCAGCCAUGGAUGAGGGUUUGGACACACAGCCUAUUGCUGUGGCAGCCUUUGUUGGUGAGGAAGUUGCCACCAAUGCAUGUGGCAGGAAGACGCAGUGCUUGCACCCAGACAAGCCGGCAAUGUUUGCCUGCGCGGACUGCCCCCGCCGCAACAGCAAGGCAGCUAUGGAUGAGGGUUUGGACACACAGCCUAUGGCUGUGGCAGCCUUUGUUGGUGAGGAAGUUGCCGCCAAUGCAUGUGGCAGGAAGACGCAGUGCUUGCACCCAGACAAGCCGGCAAUGUUUACCUGCGCGGACUGCCCCCGCCGCAACAGCAAGGCAACCAUGGAUGAGGGUUUGGACACACAGCCUAUGGCUGUGGCAGCCUUUGUUGGUGAGGAAGUUGCCACCAAUGCAUGUGGCAGGAAGACGCAGUGCUUGCACCCAGACAAACCGGCAAUGUUUGCCUGCGCAGACUGCCCCCGCCGCAACAGCAAGGCAGCCAUGGAUGGUGGUUUCGUACAGCCCAUGGCAAACCCUUAA